AGGCGUCCUGCUGCUGGGGGCGUGGUUCCGGGCUUUGGCUAGGACGUACGGACAGACUGACAUCACUCACUGUGAGGGACGGACGGACACUCAGCUGGGGCUCUCCUGAAGAGCUGUGGACGAAUUGGGAAUCAGAAACAGAUCUGCUUAUUUCCCCUACAGAUGAACUUGGCUCUGAUCCACGACCGUCUGUACAUCAAGUCGUUCUGGGAGAACCGGAUCAGCGCCGAUAACCAGCAUGCUGAGAGCGAAGAGAACAGGAUGAACAAGAGCGCCCUGAAAAAGCUGAGGGGGGAAUGGGUCGUCCGUCUGGAGAACCGGAACAAACACCUGAAGAAGCUCAACGACGGCUUCGUCCGCAAGGCCAAGACGGAGAAGUCAGCUGACCAGACAUGAGCCAAUCACAGGGCAGCAGGAGCGACGGACGAGUUUCAGUGUUUAGAUUCAUAAAAUGUUUCUGAAUAAAUUAUUUAGUUCUGCUGUGAAAUGAAACAAUG